UAUAUAUUGAAAAACCAUCUGGGAAAUAAUGGUCUUGCUCAUUUCGGUAUUCCUGAUUAGCACCUUAGUUCUGGCAGCUGCCGACUUACCACCGCUUACUUAUAUUUAUACCUGGAAAUGUGCCAAAAUACACGAAGUUCCCAGUGAAGAAGCCGAAGAUAUCACAUUGAGAUACAAAAUCAAAAACGAAACGGCAAAUGUCAAGUGCUUUUUACAGUGUUACUUGGACAGAUAUAAGGCCUUGGAUGAAAUAAGGGAAAGACUGGAAAAUUUAAAACACAAGCACAACUGCGAUUCGAUCAAGAAUAACGAUAAGUGCGUGGAGUCCUUUGAGAAGUUCAAAUGUUUCAUUAAAAUCGAGGAAAAAGUUCGAGAACUGGGAAAUGGAUAAAUAUCCAGUUUAAGAAGUCCAAAUGCUUCAUUGAAUUGGACAUCAGAAGCCAAUAUAUUUUAAUGUUAAUGUAACAAGUAAAAUAUACCUUUUUCUGUGCUUCUAUAAAA